GAUUAUGAACAGACCUUUAGGAUUUCCCCGUCCGUGACGUCGUUGACUCGCGUGGGUGAUAGCGGACGCGAGCUGCGCGGCAGCUCGUUUCGGAGGGUUGGGUUUCCAGCUUCACAAGUAAGGUUCAUGCUUCCUUCCACCUCCGGCUUCGAGCUCAGCCGCAGAAGCCUCGUGCUUCAUCCACGAGAGGGUGGAAUAGAGAGGGUUGGAUUGGAGUGGGUGACGUUGGAGGAAGUGGAUGAGAGUCAAGAAGGAGGUGGAGCUACGGAGUCGGAGUUGGAGUUGGUAGAAGGUGAGGUGGAGGUGAAGGUGACUCGUGCUCAACGUCGACGACGUGCCCGACUUGGAGGAGAUGGAACUGGCCUGUUAUAUCGAGCGAAUGGAACAGGGAAAAUCGAUCCAAUCUAUCGAACAAGAUUGAAUCCCGACGUGGAGGACAGGAAGGAAAAAUAAAAAAGGGAAAAAAGGAAAAGGAAAAAAAGGGAAGAAAGAAGAAAGAGAAGAAAUCGAAUGGAAUAUAUUUUUGGGGAUAUGAUUUGAAUAAGUUUUUCCCUUCAUUUUCCAUUUAUCUUAUUCUUUAUUCGUUAUUAAACGAUAUUCUAACGUCUAACGACGAAAACCAAUGCGAAACUAUCAUUCUCUCAUUCGCACCGUUCCACGGCUUUCUACUACGUUCGUUUCUCUCUUUUCUUUCUUCCAUUGGCCGGUGGUCCACUUGGGUGGCUCGAAGAGCAUAUUUACCGCACGCGGCGACGCCGAUGUACAACGUUCUACAAGGCGUUUCAAAAUUAAUUAAUAUCGUAACCUCGAUUAAUAUCCACGACAAAUCGAUUUGGUGUAUAUGAAUAAAAAAAAAAAAAAAAGAAAAAGAAAAAAGGAAGAAAAAAAAUU